ACUAGGUUUUGGACUUUGUCACCCGCUCAGAGUGCUCACUGCUCAGACACCGUUCGUUUACGCCGCGCGUUACACGUACGCCGGACGUAUUGUCGUCUUUUCGUCGCGUAGGAUGCGAUUGGUUUCCGUCCGGUUCAUCACGACCAUCCGCCGCGCUCGUAAGUACGCCCGACACGUCUAGAGGAUUGAAGUGACUUUUGCCGUCGCCGUCAUGGAUACGUGGCACAGGAUGCGGCCGAAGCUGUACUCCACUUGUCUGUUUUUCUUGGCCUUGGACUGUUCAGUUGUCAUGGGUUCCGAGGUCGAGAACCAUUUGGAAAUGGGGCGCGACUUCCUGGCCCGUGGACAACUCCAAGACGCCUUGUCGCAUUAUCACGCCGCUGUAGAGGGUGAUCCAAAUAAUUAUUUAACUUAUUUUAAAAGAGGUACAGUUUAUUUAGCCCUCGGAAAAGCUAAAUUUGCUUUAUUAGAUUUUGGAAAAGUUCUUGAACUCAAACCGGAUUUCACAGCUGCACGUUAUCAAAGAGGUGUAGUAUUGAUGAAACAAGCUUCAAUCGAAGAUGCAAGAAAAGAACUGUAUAAUGUGUAUAUUGGCAAUGGUGAUUUUUCACGAGAAGCAUAUGAUUUAUACUCAAAACUUGAUGGUCUUGCUUACGAUAUAGAAUUAGCUACCUACUAUCAAGAAAACAAAGACUAUGAAAGUGGUAUAAAUUCAUUGGAUCGUCUUAUAGAACAUUGUCCUUGGGCUCCUUCAUUACGUGAGCAGAGAUCACAUUUGUAUUUGAGUUCUGGAAAUGUGCAACAUGCUAUAAUGGACUUGCGGACAGCUACUAAACUCCAAGCCGAUGACACAGACGGCCAUUAUAAAUUAUCAAAAAUUUAUUACAGUAUAGGAGAAGUAUCUGAAUCACUCAAAGAGAUUAGAGAGUGUUUAAAAUUAGAUCCAGAUCAUAAAUUAUGUCACUCACAUUAUAAAAUUGUUAAAAAAAUCGAUAGACUGAUAGUAGACAGUCAGUCAGCGCUCAAUAUCAAAGAUUUUUCCAGCAGUAUUCAAUUCGCAAAAAAGAUAUUAGACUUAGAAAAAGACACUGAACACAUAAGGUUUUUAGCUUUGGAAAAACUUUGCCGUAGUUAUCAACAUACAGAUGAAUUAUCAUUGUCACUGAAAUACUGUAGCGAUGCACUAGAAAUAAGUCAAACACCAGAUCUUUACUGUCUGAGAGCAGAGGGAUACAUUGCCAACUCAAUGUUUGACGAAGCUAUUAGAGAUUUUGAGCAUGCACUUCAUAUCGAUCAGGAGCAUCGACAAGCAAAUGAAGGACUAAAAAAAGCGAAAAAUUUACAAAAACAAGCUGAAAGAAAAGAUUAUUAUAAGAUAUUAAAUGUUAAAAGAACUGCCACCAAACAAGAAAUAAUUAAAGCAUAUAGGAAAGCUGCUCAACAAUGGCAUCCAGAUAAUUUCCAAGGUGAAGCUAAAAAGAAUGCAGAGAAAAGGUUCAUUGAAAUAGCUUCUGCCAAAGAAGUUCUGACUAAUCCAGAAAAACGGGAACAAUUUGACCGAGGUAUUGAUCCACUAGAUCCAGAAUCGGGGCGUCAUCACCAAGACGGUUUCAAUCCAUUUCAACAAUUUCAUCAAUUCCACGGGAGCCCUUUUACAUUCAAAUUCAACUUCAACUAAUUCUUACUAUGGUACAAAAAAAAACAUAGGUGCCAUAAUGAGUUUAGUUAUCGUCCCAUUAUUUAGGGUUCAAAAGGCUGUGUAUGGUAAAAUGUAAAUAGAGUAAUGCAUAAAAAAUGUCAUUGUGUAUAACAAAAAUCGUAUAUUAAUUUAUUGUACAUAGUAAAUAAUAAACAAUAACAUCCAAAUACAAUUUUAACAUGGUAACAUAUAAUUUAUUUGACUCUGCAAGUAAAAUAGUUAAACUGACAUUUUUUCUACAGUUAACAUCUUCACUCUCUAUUCAAUAACACUGCGAUAAUUUUAAAAUUAAAAAGAUUGAUAAUUAUUUUUAGUAUAUUUAUUCUUUGUUUUGAGUUUCUUUUUUAAAAAAUAUGGUCAAUUGACCUUAUUACAUGGUUAUCGUGAUAUUUGUACACAAUCAAUUAGAUUAAAAAAUCAAAUAAUGUUAUUAAAAUAAAUUUAUUUUAAAUUAUGUUUUUUUUUUCUAAUCUAUCUGAAAGAUAUUUGUAUCUAUAAGUCUUAUAAACCGUGUCCUUUACUUAUUGUUGUCUAUUGUUACUGAAACAAUGUAUCUAGUCUAAUUUAAAUUCUUUAACAUCAUGAUUCAUGUAAUAAUAUUAUGUACACGCGUAAACCGGUCUUGAUUGUUAUUUCAACAUCUUUUGUCUGCUAAACCUUGUGAAAUGUGAAUACUAAAUUUGAGUAUCAUCAAUAUAUCGUAUAUGUAUGAAAACUGCUCGGAACUUAAUUUAUAAUUCAAAUAAUAAAAUUAUUUAAUGAUGAGAUUGUUUGCUAAAAAGUAAAACUGGUCACUGACUUAAUGGAAAAUUUGAUAACCGUUUAAUUUAAAUUAAAACAUGAACAUAUUGAUUGUGUACAUAUUACACACAUUAUUACAUUAACACAUAAUUAUUUAGAUAUUUUUGUACAACAUAAUUAAUAAUACUAUUCGCCUAGUCCUGUAUAUUUGUUUUGUUUAUGCAAGACAAUUCUCGUGCGAUAACGUUUGAUGUGAUAAACAAUUUCUUUAUCUUUUUGUUACACUGCAAUUAUAGUGGUUAACAAGUUGUGUCGUUUCCUCGUCAAACAAGACUGAAAGUUUUAUUUUGUGCCGAAUUUCUUCUUAAAAAUGUUAUAGUUUAACUACCAAUUAAAUACACCACAUUAUUUGUUUA